AUGGGCAAAUCGCAGUCCAAGCUGUCGCAAGACCAGCUCGUCGAGCUCCAAAAGUCGACUCACUUUGACAAGAAGGAGCUGCAGCAAUGGUACAAGGGUUUCCUCAAGGACUGCCCCUCGGGCACGCUCACCAAGGAGGAGUUCCAAAAGAUCUACCGACAAUUCUUCCCGUUCGGGGAUCCGAGCUCAUUCGCCGAUUAUGUAUUCAACGUGUUCGAUAGCGACAAGUCGGGCAACAUCGACUUUAAGGAAUUCAUCUGCGCGUUGAGUGUUACUAGCCGAGGCAAGAUGGAGGACAAGCUGGACUGGGCCUUCCAGCUGUACGACAUUGACGGCGACGGCAAGAUUAGCUACGAUGAGAUGCUCAAGAUUGUUGAGGCCAUCUACAAGAUGGUUGGGUCCAUGGUUAAACUCCCCGAAGACGAAGAUACCCCAGAAAAGCGAGUAAAGAAGAUCUUCCGCAUGAUGGACAAGGACGAGAACGGCAGCUUAGACAUGGAAGAGUUCAAGGAGGGCAGCAAGCGAGACGAGACGAUUGUCUCGGCGCUAUCCCUGUAUGACGGGCUGGUGUAG